AAAGAGGUUUGAAAGUUGGGGAGAAGUUUGAUAAUGGAGGACACGAAGGGUGACCGUAAAGCAGCAAUCGCAGGCCUAGCAGUUCAGCAGUCAAUUCCAUUUUAAUUUUCAGACACAUGUACACGCUCUCCUUAUCCCCCAUUGUACAUACUGAUCAACAUGUAUUGCGAGCAAUAGUUUUAUAUUUGGAAGAAGGAGAAAAUAAAGAAAAAGACGAAAAGCUUGAAAAAGUUAUUAGUGGUGUGAUGCUUUUAGGCUGGAAUCUGAGGCCAUCAACCAUACUUUUCAACAGUCAUUCUCCUGUAAUAUAUUAGUUAGUGGCAGAUGGUGGUAAAAGCCCAUAGAUCCCCCUUUGUUUUUCUUUUUCUCUGAUGAUUUUCUCAAAGCUUCUCAAUUUUUUGGGGUAGAGAUCUGAACUGAAUACAGGGUUAUCUUCUUAAAGUUCAUUUUACUAAUGGGUUCUCCCGAUAGAUUGUUUAACAGACAGAGAACAGUCCAUGAGAUUCUUGGAGGAGGCCUUGCUGCAGAUGUUAUGUUGUGGAGGCGGAAGAAUUUAACUGUGGGGAUAUUGUUAGUCACUCUAGCAGCUUGGAUGGUUUUUGAGAAAUCUGGUUAUACCCUCCUCUCACUUGUCUCCAGCGUUUUACUCCUCCUAAUUGUCAUCCUGUUUCUUUGGGCCAAAUCUGCAGCUAUUCUUAACAGGCCUGCUCCACCUCUGCCAGAAUUGCAUCUAUCAGAAGAAAUAGUAAAUGAAGUGUCAGCUUUUAUCCGCACUCAUUUAAACAAUUUGCUCUCAGUUUCCCAGGAUAUUGCGCUGGGUAAGAACCCACGGAUGUUCUUCAGAGUGGCUGCAUAUCUAUGGUUGAUUUCUUUUGUUGGUGGCUUGACUGAUUUCCUUACUUUAGCCUACACCAGCCUUGUUAUUAUCCUUACAAUUCCAGCACUCUAUGACAGAUACGAGGAUUAUAUUGACAGAUAUGUCAUGGUCGGAUACAGGAAAGUACACCAUUUGUUUUCGAAAUUUAAUGUAGAAUGUAUUGGUAGAGUCCGGAAAUGGGUAUUGGAGAAGAAGAAACUAAGCUGAUUUCUUUCUCCUUCGGCUUUGAUUUCAUUCUUGAGCCACUACUGGGGUGUGUAUGGUUUGGGCAUGAUGAGUUUUUAUUAAGCUGUGAUUUUCCCUAGGGUGAUCUCUACGUUUUUGUAUCUUCACUUUGGCAGCCAGUAUUUUGGGUUUAAGGGGAAAAUGGUCUGCCAUCUGAAUCAUUGUAAGGGAGAUGGAACAUAAAAAAGUGCUUCUGGUGCCAAUUGAUUCUGUGAUCUAGUCUGAGAAGAAACUUGUAAGAGGAUAUAUAUAGCUUUGGCUUUUCAAUUUACAUUAACAAGAUGUAAUUCCCAGUUACUGAGUAUUUUAA